AAAACAUCUUAAAAACACGCCCAUUCCGAUCAUCUCCAUUCUCAUACAAACGCAAAACCUCGAAAUCCAGCUUUCAACUUCAACCAACAACUACAACUCUAGUCUCUAGAGCACACUCCCAAAGAUUUGCUGCUCGUUUUUCCUCUUCAUAAACUCCCGAUUUCACCCUUGCAGCUUCGAUAGCAUUUUCUAGUCUAGAAAUUCCCGUUUAAAAUCAGACGAGCGACGCAAUUCUUUCGAAAAUUUAGGAGGUUAUGGUUAUAAGGGUUUUAAAUAGAAUAACUGCAAACUAGGGUUUUAAUUUUAUGUCUUUCUGGGCAAAAUCUAUUAGGUUCUUAAUGACAUUCUCGUGAUUGCGAACAAAUUCAUUUCAAAUUUCGAUAAUGGCAUCAACCCCUGCUGUGCCGCCGGCAUUUGGGUUGCGGCUGUGGAAGUCGGAUGUGGAUUUCCGCCCAACGGCGCUUCUCCGUCGGAGGGUUUUGAUUCGCGGCAGCGAUUGUAGAAUUUUGUACUGCUGUUCCGGCAAGGUAGUGCCGAUCCGGAGAAUUGCUGGUGGGUCGGGUCGUAAAGGUGGGAGUAAUGCUGAGGAAUGGCCGAUUGAGUUGAAGAAGAAGAGUCACAAAGUCCGAGUACAAGCUGCUCCUGCAUUGCCCUUUGCAUCAUCACAAUCUCUGAAUCCUUCAAGACAAGAGAAGUUCUUUCCACGCUGCACCACAAGAAAUUCCGGGCCUCAAUCUCGUGACACUCCACCAAAAAGAGACACAGGUAUUGCAAACGAGAAGGAUUGGGGCAUCAGUUUGAGUGAACAUGUGAAUGAAUCUGGAACCAAUGUGGAUGGUAGUUCAUGGUACAGAGAAAGUGGAGAAGACCUGGGUGAAAAUGGAUUCAGAUGUAGAUGGACAAAGAUGGGUGGUAAAAGUGAUGAUGGCUCUUCAGAAUGGAAAGAAACGUGGUGGGAGAAAAGUGAUUGGAGCGGAUACAAAGAACUAGGUGUUGAGAAAUCCGGAAGAAAUUCUCAAGGGGAUUCAUGGUGGGAAACAUGGCGAGAAGUUCUUCACCAAGACGAAUGGAGUAAUUUGGCAAGGAUUGAAAGAAGUGCACAAAAGCAAGCAAAAUCAGGCAUAGAAAAUGCCGGUUGGUAUGAGAAUUGGUGGGAGAAAUAUGAUGCGAAGGGUUGGACGGAAAAAGGAGCACAUAAAUAUGGUAGACUAAAUGAACAAUCAUGGUGGGAGAAAUGGGGAGAACAUUAUGAUGGAAGAGGAUCUGUUCUAAAAUGGACGGACAAAUGGGCUGAAACUGAACUUGGAACGAAAUGGGGAGACAAAUGGGAGGAGAAAUUUUUUGCGGGUAUCGGCUCUCGUCAAGGAGAAACAUGGCAUGUAUCCCCCGUUGGUGAACGUUGGUCAAGGACAUGGGGGGAAGAACACUUGGGAAACGGCAGAAAGGUGCACAAGUAUGGGAAAAGCACAACGGGUGAAAGUUGGGAUAUUGUUGUAGAUGAGGAAACUUAUUACGAGGGGGAACCACAUUAUGGAUGGGCUGAUGUUGUUGGUGAUUCAAGUCAGCUGCUAUCGAUCCAACCACAAGAGAAACCACCGGGUCAGGGUGUGUACCCAUAUCUUGAUUUUGGUUCUUCAUCAUCACCUCCUAAAGAUGGCCCUUCUUCACCACCUUCACAGUGAUUCAAACCUCAUCUAGCCUUUUUUGUUUCAUUAUUUUCAUUUUUUGGUGUUAGAUUUCUUGGCCAAUUGUAUUUCUUCUUUGAUAGACAUAUUGUUCAUUCAUUUGAUAUUGGUUGGGUAG